AUGAGAGUGAAGUGCCUUUUCUUCGCGGCGAGCAGGGACGUCACGGGAGUGCAGGAAAAGGAGCUCACCUACGCUGACGGCACAAAGACCGACGCACUCAUCGCGAAUCUCAUAGAGCAGUUCCCCGGAUUGGGUCCCAUCUUCCAGAGCGCGGUGCUGGCAGUCAAUCAAGAGUACAUCGAUCCCGAAUCCCCCAUCGAGCUCAAGGACGGCGACGAAAUCGCUGUCAUUCCACCCAUCAGCGGAGGCUAA